AUGGCCACGCUCCGCCCCGCCCUCCGCCUCUCCUCCCUCGCUGCCGCCCGCCAAACCACCUUCACCAGCCGGCACGCCUCGCCCGUCUUCCGCCGAUUCCUCGCGACUCCAUCCGACAAACCACGACUGCUCCUCGGAUCGGAAGCGCCCAACUUUACCGCCAAAACGACGCAAGGCGACAUCGACUUCCACAAAUGGCUGGGUGGGAAAUGGGCGAUUCUGUUCUCGCAUCCCGCGGAUUUCACGCCAGUCUGCACAACGGAACUCGGCGCCUUCUCAAAGAUCAAAGAAGAGUUUGACAGACGGGACACCAAAUUGAUUGGACUUAGCGCCAACGACCUCGACUCGCACGACCGCUGGGUCGACGACAUCAACUCCCUCUACUCCACCAACCUCUCCUUCCCGAUCAUCGCCGACGCCGACCGCAAGAUUGCUUUUCUCUACGGCAUGGUCGACCAGCGUGACCUCGACAAGAAAGAAAUCAUCUUUACCGUGCGCUCCGUCUUCGUCAUCGACCCAGCCAAGAAGAUCCGCCUGACCAUGAUGUAUCCUGCGAGCGUCGGGCGCAACACCUCCGAAGUGGUGCGAGUAUUGGACAGUCUUCAAACAGGAGACAAGAAGGGUGUGACCACGCCAAUUGACUGGCAGGUGGGGGAUGAUGUGAUUGUGCCGCCGAGUGUGAGCACGGAGGAUGCGAAGAAGAAGUUUGGCGAGGUGAGGGAGCUCAAGCCGUACUUGAGGUAUACCCGGAUAUAG